AUGCAGUCCCGUCGCACUGUUGCUAGCACGCGUGUUGAGCUCCUCUCUUCUAUGGCGACUCCUAUCAUCAUAAUCCAUGAAUGCUGUGCGGAAAUCAACACAAGACUUAGCAACCAUCUCGCCAGAUCUCACGACGUUAAUUCACAGUCGCCAAAUACGAACAAGUACGUCCGCCAGCAUUAUCUCCCAACAUCCCUUCAACCACACGCUUUGUUGCCCCAGCAGGUAUUGAUUGAGGGUAUCCAGGACCGCUCAGGCAACAACGAUCUGUCGACCGAACCGACGCGAGUACUUCCCGUAGCAGCGAGCCAUCUGCAUUGCCACAUACGAAAAGCUUUGCCAUUUCAUAGUACCGCGCUCGCCAUGGCGUCCAACCUUUUGGGCACUGCGAAAUCGACGCUGCCCAACGAACUCGCUCUCCUAGUCAUCGACCAUCUCGAAGACAACAACAAAACACUAUGCGCUCUUGCUCGCACUUGUCGCGGUAUGCAACAUCUGGCCGAAGAGCGACUCUACAAGCGAAUCGAGCUUCUCUCCGUAAAGAACCUUCACGCCAUCAUCGAGGCCUUCACAUUGCGUCAUGAACGCGUGCGCGCCGUGCAAACACUCAAGAUUCUGUAUCAAUACAAGGACAACAGUUUGAAGGACAGUGACGAAAUAAGGACAACCUUCAACGAGUGCGUAGCUCGCAUGGUCAAUCUGAGGGAGUGGCACAUUGAGAGCCCUUACGACAACUUCCAUUGGGAGGGAGCUGGUGGCGAGGCUUGGGUUCAUGGAGACAUGCAACGUUUUCGCCGCGCGCUUGACACAGCUUGCGUCGAUGGUCCAGUCGAGGCGGAUAAGAUCAUGGCGGAGCGACGGUUGGGAAAACAUGUCGAGCGGACGGUUGGCCUAGGUCUUCUUGAGAGCUUGACCAUCCAUUCACACGGCGCUGAUACUGACUUUUGGAACCUCGAAGGCUUCCAUUGUCUCUUCCGACACCCUGCGCUCAAACACCUUCACGUCUCCUGUGUUGCCUUCCCGGCUUCUGACAUCCCUGAACUUGCGUCGCAUACCCGACAAACCCCUCUGACUUCUCUUGUCUUUGACGAGUGCGUGCUGCAGCCCAAAAGCUUGCUGAGCAUAUUGCGUACACCGGCACGGCUGAAGACGCUGACUCUCGGUGAAAACGUCUUCAACGUCAACCGAUCUAGACAAGUCAAGCCCGUACUAACCAAAGAUCCGUGCGGAUCGCUGCAAGCUCUCUCCGCAGUUGCACAUUCGCUAGAAAGCCUCACGCACCUUAAUCCCGGCUGGCGCAUCGAUAGAAGCCCCCACGUGCUCCGCAGCAUACGACCACCUGGUGAUGGCAUGCGUGAUUUCCACCUUCUCACAUAUAUGGAAUGCGAUACAAACUCCUUUCUACAUCAGGCUAUCGUAAUGAACCGCGACCUAGCGCCACCCGGUCUGGAAACACUUCGCGUUCGCCGGCAUUGGGACGUUCCUAUCGACUUCUGGGAUCAGCCGCCUGACUUUGAUCACUACGCUGCGCUACCGUCUCUCAACACACUAGAAUUGUUGCAAUCGUCCUAUCUCUGGCUCGACCUGUCCGACACUGAUUACAUCUGCGACGAUGAGCGCCUCCGCAAUCGUCAUGCAAAAGCAUACAAGCUAUUCAAGGCUGGCAUCAAUCUCAAGAUGUCAAUAGAGCUGCACAAAAGCCCUAGCCUGAUACCACCAUAUCUUCAUGACGAGCCCAUCCCAAUCGUCGAAUGCGUGUACGAUGCGAGCGUUGUCGGCUUCCACCGCCACAUAGUUCACGAAGAGGCAGAAGAAGGCGCGCGGAUAGCACCAGAGUCUAUAAGCGAAGCACCCGAGACGGAUCAACUUGGUGACGCGGACAUCAAUAGAUUACGGGGAGAGACGCGACGCACUCUGCACGUCCUCAAGCACAGGUUCGUAAAGCCUGGUCGCCGACUCGCGUUCAUGGACAUGUUCGAUUCCGAUGAUGAAAGUGUGGAGCACGUUGGUAGUGACGACGACUUUGAGGUUGACGAUCUUGACGAGGAGGACGACAUGGAGCUUGAUCUUGAGCUAGACAACGACGGACACUUUGUCGAUGAAGACGGCAAUCACGUGUUUGAAGAAGACGGAGAGCUCUAUGUUACAGUGUGGGAGACAGCUAGUGAGGACGAGAUGGACGAGACUGAAGACGAAGAUGAUGAUGAGAUGCAUGACGCGGUGGAAAGUCAACAGCAGCCUGCCAAUGAUGAUGUAGACUAA